AUGGCUCAUCCACCAUAUAAUAUAGAUGAUCUACUUACCCCAAAUAGUUCGUUGACAAAUGUGACAAGUUUACCAAACGGUGAUACAACACGUUCAUUACUUGCUGGUCAUGAUGGUUUAACAACAAAUAUUAAUAACACGACUCACACACUCUCUCCAUCAGCAAGUGUAAACAAUACAUUACCGACGAUUGACCCUUUGCAUGCUUUAUUACUCGGUAAUACAACUGCAUUCGAUGCGGUAACCACUCAACAACCAGAACGUUGCGCACAUAUUUCACCUUCUCAACAACAAGUAAACGCGAUUAAUCCUGCCACUCAAAUCAAUGACCUAUUUCAAAUCAAAGCAACUACGGAGAAAGAUUCUUCGUCGUUACUUAUCAAUGACAUUUCACAAUCACCGUUCGAUCAAGAUGACAAAGAAGUCGCGGAAAGUAUGUCAUGUUCGGCUAAUUAUCCACUUCAAUUCGAAGCGAUACCGGAUGAUGAAGAUGAUAACGACGGGGGUGACGCUGUCUUCAUGCCAAUUAAAUCAAAUGAUGACGAUGAACCCAUGAACGAUAAUCAAGAUCCGCUUUUAUUACCGUCGACAUAUGGAGAUAAUUCAUUGUGGUCGAAAUCAUGUCAUUCAAAUGGAGCCAGUCCGAUGAAGGGAUUGAAAACAUCAGGUCGACAAGUCAUCGAUGAUUUCAGUGAUCCAACUGAAACCAGUGAUAAAGAUGAUGACUCGACCGCUGAUGAAGAAGAUCUCUUGCAUUCUCGUAUCAAACGACGCACAGGACGGUCACCAAAUAGCUCUCAAAUUCCACUAAACAUUGAUGCCUUGCAUGCCAUUCGUGAACUGACUCAUCAAUUGAAUGAAUAUCGCACACACGGUGUACAUUUAGCAGCUGAAUCUCUUUCACAGGCAACAUUCCAGUCUGAAUAUGACGAAAAACUCGAACGAUGUUGUCAACGUCUCGAGCAAUUAACAACUAAAGUUGACCGAUUGAUCAGUUUCGAACAAACCGGCGUUGUCUCUCGACCAAAUCGUCCGAGUCCCAAUACGGCACAAAUGGAUAUUAUCGCAACGAACGAACCUCACGUCACUCUAGCCGAUGCACACUAUGAUCGAUUAGAAGCUAUGCUUAUCGAAAAAAUCGAAACAUAUGUGCAAGGCGCAAUGAAAUCCGUUUUUGAGCCAUAUCGAGACUUGAAGGAUAAUUUGCAUAAAGAUCUGACGGCGAAGCUAUUAGCAACUGAUACAGUGAUAAAACAAACCAUAACACAAAUAUUUCGUUCCAAAACAAUGAUCGAUUCAUUGAGCCAUGCCGUAGCCAAUGCUAUUCAAGCCACAAUGAUCUCAUCGUAUCGUGAUACAUUUAAUCAAAUAGUUAUUCCAUCAUUUGAAAAAGCAGCAACGAAUAUGUUUCAACAGACAAAUGAAGUCUUUAAACGUGGAACUAAAGAAUAUUUACAAGAAAUGAUCGAAUACGGCCGUCAACAGCAACGUUCGUUGAUUCAACAGCGUGAACAAAUGAUGGCAGAAAUUCGAAAAGAAUCCACCCAACUAUUAAAAGAAUUCGAAAAGAAAAAUCAAGAAUUAACAGCUACUCUCAAAACUGAAGUUAUUCAAUAUAUGACAACCAAUUUAACCCCUCUAAUUCAUGAAACUAUGCAAACAAUAAUCCGUGACGAAAUGAACGUUGUUCUACGUGAAUUAUUAAUUACGCAAAAGAAUGAAAUCAACGCUCUAAUUAUUCAACAUCUCCGACAACAAUCAGCUACACCUAAACUACCAGCAACAACAACAACAGUCGCUAGUCGAACAACAACUCCUUUACCUGCUGUGGCUUCGUCUAAUCCAACAACAAUUGAUACUAAGCAACAAACUGUUUUGAAGCUUGUCCGUGCAGGUCAAUUGAAUCAGGCAUUCGAAUAUGUUUUAACAGCUUCGGAUCUCAAUCUUGUCUUAUAUCUUUGCGAAAAUGUUCGUCCAGCAGAAUUAUUUUCUAUUCAGCCCUGUCCAUUGCAAAUCCCCGUAAUUCUUUCCUUGAUUCAACAAUUAGCAGCUGAUUUAACUACUCAUCAGGAACUUAAAUACAGUUAUUUACAUGAAGCUUUGGUUUGUCUUGAUCUAUCACAUCCGAGCGUACGAGAUUAUCUCUACAAUGUCUUGGCAGACUUGAAUAAAAAGUUAUAUGCACAUAUUCAAACCAAUCCAACAGCGCCCAUGUCAAAACGAUUUCAAUUAUUAUACAUGGCAAGUCAAGGUUUAGUACAAAAAAUCGUUCAGCAACGAACCACACCUGCCAAUCAAAUCCUUUCAUCCACGUUAAAAUAA